GAUCCCACCAAACCCAACGGUUUUCAAUAUUUAUAUACUGGCAGAAAUAGAAAGAUCACUAGCGCUAAAACUCACAGGCGUUUCAAGUUAGCUGGUCUCGAUACAGGUCGUAUUAUCGAUAUCAUUUUUUCUGCCAAUGGCUCUCCUAGUGUUCUUGUACAGGAGUUGUUUACUCCUGUAUUCACCAACAUUAUGAACAUAGCCAAGGUCAAUUUCAUCAAGAUUUUUGAUCCUCUAGAUCCCGCGUAUCUCGCCAAU